AUGAAAGAAGAAAGAAAGUGGGAGGAUAUGCCGAGAGAUUGUUUGAUCAAUGUGUUUGGAAAAGCGGGCAUGCAGUCACUGUUGUUGGGUGUGCCUUUUGUGUGCAAGUCAUGGCAUGAAGCCAGCCUUAAUCCUUUGUGCUGGACGAGUCUUAUUUUUCCUAAAAUUGAUGAAUAUUAUUGGUAUGUUCCCAAUGAUUCAUUUCAAGGAAGAUUGAUGGAUACACAUAUAAUUGAGGAAUUCUCUGCUACUGCAUUCAUAAAGUCCAUAGUGGAUCAAAGCCAUGGAAAUGCUACUACACUUAAUCUCCCAGAACCCUGUUCAGAUGAGGCACUGGAGUAUGUUGCAGACAAGUGUCCUGGCUUACAGGCAGUGGGUCUACCUUCCUUCUCAGGCUUUGGGCAGUCACUCAUGAUUCAAGAACUGAUAGGGAAGUUCAAGAAUUUGGUGUACUUGACACUUUUUCGUUCACAUAAUUUAAAGGAAGUCCUUGCCCAGGUCAGCCUCAACUGCCAGAAUGAGGAAGAUGAGGCUUUGGCUAUUGUCACUCUACUUCCAAAGAUUGCACACCUGUUUCUUGAAGGGGCAUCUAUCGAACGAAAGAAUUUAGUGACAAUUCUGCAAGGCUGCCAUCAACUUGUCUAUUUAGAUGUGAGUGACUGCAUAGGCUUUGAUGAGGAUGAUGAUGAGAUAUUGGAGCUAGCUUCGUCUAUCACUGCAUUCAAGUGUAAGGGCUCAAGACUUUAUUAUGACUCUGAUGAAGACUUUCGUUUCAAUGAUUAUGACCCACUUAUAUCAAAUGGUUACUGCUCUGACUCAGUGUUGGAAUGUAUUGGUAUUGUGCCUAGGAUUUGA